AUGUUACGGCCAAGCUACGACGAGCUACUCAGACGAGUCGAAGAGCAACAUGCGCAAUACAUUCGCAGUCUUCGAGAACUCCAUGACUACUUGCCAGAUCAUACCACAGAGCAGCGCGCCAUUAGCGCUCCAACACCUCCUUUGAAGCCCCUUUCUAUAGCUUCAACAUUCGUCAACGAGCUCAGUCCUAUCCCAGUCGAAGUAGGUCGUCGAUCACGUCGGCCCACCAAUGAGCUUGGCGAUAGGAGAGCUUUUCUGAUGAAGAACACCCCAGCCUCCUUGAUAAGUAUGGAUAUCGAUAGCGACGAUGAGGAUUUCCAGCAUUUAUCUCCCCCACAUUUGACUUUAGGGUCGUCUGUCGAUGACAGUAUCUGUGUCCAAACACCCUUGCAGGCGUACUCGAUUCAUGACCACGAGCUUUAUUGCCACCUCAAAGGCGGACAGCUCUCCGAGCCACUUCAGAUAGCACUGGAUGAUGUUUACCGAAGGCGCGACGAAAUUGAGACUUAUUCUUUGUUCCGGCUUUUCAAUGAGCUGCAUGAUAAACUGUACGAUAGCGCAGCUUAUGAGGUAUAUGAUGUUGGUAGAGAUGGUAUGGCGAAAGCCAAGCACUCUGCAGAGGACAACGAUACAGAUUUGAUCCUAGAUGCUAAAAGAGUAUGGGAUACUAUCAAGCAUAUCAAUAAUGAUGGAAGCGUGGUUGGAAGAAUGACUUCCCUAAUGGACCCAUCACCUCUGAUGCUCGGUGCAUUAUACUUGAGUAUGAGCCCUCAUUUUGACAUGGACGAGCUUUUCCAACACCUUGUGACUAGAGACGGAAACAAAGGCAAGACCAGGGCAUAUAUGGAUCGAGCAUUCGAACCCACAGAACUGCGUCAAAGGACGUCCUUCUUCGUCUUCAAGUACUACACAGUCGUCAGCGAAAAGCUUACGCCACCACCUUGGCAGCACUACGACCAUCGGCCAGCGGAUAAGCGUGGCGACGACCAUAUAGACAUCUGUGAGUGUAGCUCGAUCCUAGCUCUUUCCCUCUCUGGAGACCCAAUUCGCACAUUCGGUCGAAAGAAGAAGCGUUCGAAAGCAGAACAAGGAAAGAUCUUCGAUUCUUUCGCACCUUGGCAACUCGUCAAUGUCCAGUGUUUUCCUGACGAUGUCAAUGUGAUGCGGACAGAGGACUCUCGAAGUAAUUUUUGCAAUGGUCCGUUUGCUUUUCUGGACACGCUUGCUAGGGAGUAUAGGGAUGCUGUCAAGAGGAACAUUGCUCUCAAUGGUCUCAUUACCAAGCUAAUCACACUACCAGUGACAUUCAUGUUCGACUACCGCCUCCGCGAUAAACUUCUUUUUGAGGACAAACACUUUACAUACUCUCGGCGAUACUUCUGGGCCUACAACACUCUCGCCGUGAUCAACGACGGCAUUAAAUCCAUGAUCAACGCUUACACGGAGACAUUCACCAAGGACUUCUGGGCAGGCAAACACCCCACUCUAUUCCCUCAUCCAGACACCACGCACAACACACCUGAGUUCCAUACCUACAUCAACGCACUGCACCCCCUCCGCCAGGAACUCGAGGUUGCCGUCUCGAUGCUCCAGCAGACCUACAACAAGAACGAAGUCACCCGCCAGGAAAUCAAGAGUCUCCGGGAUCAGCUCUUCUCUGGCAGCAGCGUGAAGGAGAGUCGGCGAGCCAUAGAACAGGGCGAUAAUAUCAAGAUCCUGACGAGCCUCAGCAUGAUUUUCCUGCCCCUGACCUUCGUGACAAGCGUCUGGAGCAUGACAGGAUUUCCGCUCGAUGUGGAUGAUUGGCAGUUCCCUGCAACUAUGAUAUGUGCUUGUGUGCCGUUCUUGGUGUUUGUGUUAUUGGUGCAGACAAGGACGGGGAUGGAGUUUUUGAUGAGCCGGAUUGAGUGGUUGGAUGAAAGGUUCAAACGGGCGAUUAUGAGAUGGAGCGUUAGAAGGGAGGCGGCGGCGGCAGCAAGCGUGAUGGUAAAAGUUGAAGUGAAGGAGCCAAGGCCGAGACGAAGGAGGGGGUUCUCAAAGAAAGAGGCAAUACCGGAGAAUGUGGAGGUCGUGAAGCCUUCUGAAACCGGCUCGUGGAUGAACAGAUUACGGUGGAGGAGUACGCCGAAACUGAAUAAUGGAGCUGUAUGA